UCGAAAUAACUACACUCACCGAGUCACCGUGCCGACGACUUGAGUCUCGCGUCCGUGUUAUGCACGUUGUAAUGCGGUGAUCGAUUCUCUUGCGGUUGUAUGUGCUUAAUUUGCCUUCAAUGAAGGGCAGUACGUGCCAGAUGCUUUCCAGACUUCUUUUAGCCAGUUUAGUUGCUAUCUCAACAGUGCGGCUUGGCGAAUUUGGCGCAUAUGCUCUGUACGAAGACCAAGCAGGAAAGUUGGACUGGCGGCAACGAUUCAUCGGGAAGCCUCUGUACGUGUAUGCCGAUCACGGCUCGGUCGGCCCUAAUCAACGCAUCGUGGUUGCGACCGAAAAGAAUGUGCUCGCCUCCCUUAACACCCGGAACGGAGCCCUGACGUGGAGGCAGGUGUUGGAACAUGAUGGCAGCAUGCUCGCAGUCUCCUCUUCCGGCGAUCUCAUUACUGUCUCGGGCAACGCACCCUACGUUCGGGCCUGGGACGUCCAUACUGGAGUGCUUCAGUGGGAGAAGACCCUUCCGCACAGCUCCGCCCCCCUGGUCAGGUACGACGUCAAUUCUCACGCAAGCGAGCUCACCGCGGUCGAAGUAUAUCCGGGUUCCCACGUCGUCGCAACCGUCUACAACCUCCGAAAUGGUGAAAUGAAAACAUCUCCCGUAGUUUCGGCCCCGUGGAUUACUGAUCGGACUGACUGCCGGCUUGUGGAGCACAAGUAUUUGGCAUGUCUCGACAACAUAGUUUCUACGAUUCGAGUGAUGGCUCUGGGCGAGUCGGCAGCUUUUCGCGACGUUCCGUUGUCCUCUCUCGGCAUCCAGCUUGACGAUCCAACCGCAGUUCCGGUCUUACAGCCAAUCGAGGGUCCAACACAGGCAAAUGAAGAUUCGUACCUCGCGUUGCGCAUGCCAGAUCGUGGUUUCGCUUUGUUGCGAAUUACGAAGACAGGGGUGAGGCUUGCGCAAAUGUUCCCGAAUGCUACGCACCUUAUCAGUAUGGGUGACGGUUGGCAAGGUGCUCGAAAGUCGCUGGGAAACGCGGCUGGCAACACACGGGAUGAACUCCCUUACAUAGGUGUAGUUGAACAACUACAAAACGGCAUCAGCAAAGUUUUCAUAUACGAAUUGGGCGGCAACUGGCAUCAGAAAGAAGACUGUGAGGGUCAGUUUGCGAUACCACCGACUAUGGCGCAAGCAACUAGCAUUCAUUUACUGCCCUUUCUACUCAAGGAUCUGAAACCUGCUUAUAAAACACUUGUGAUUACUGAAGACGAUGCUGUGCUCCUUUUCCACCAACAGGGCCGUCUGUUAUGGACGAGGGAAGAGGCCUUGGCAUCAGUUCUUGGAGCACAGUUUAUCGACCUGCCUCUUUCAGAGACAGAUGCCAAGAUUGAACAAGAAUUUGGAGAUGGCAAUGCAAAUGUACUGGCCAUGUUUCUUACACGAAUCACAAUGCAGCUCUGCCAGUUACAGAGCUUGCUGCUAGGUUUAUUCGCCAGCCUCAGUGGAACUAUAGGCCAACCAGAAACAGGUGUGGCUUCACGGGAUCUCACACGUGACAAGUUUGGCUUCAACAAAGUUAUAUUGCUGAGCACUGCCGCUCAAAAGUUGUUUGCUUUGAACAACAGAAAUGGUCAGAUUGUUUGGAGCCAGCAUUUUCCACAGUUGCACCCACUGAACAGCGCCGGCACUAAGAAGCUCCCAAUCUUUGUUCAGAGGACAACUGCCCAUUAUCCACACCCACCUCGCUGCACAGUAGUCGGGAAGCACAGUUCUGGCAAUGGUUACUUGGUUUCAGUGAAUCCCAUAACAGGAGUUAUCUUGGACACGAAAGAACUUCCUUACCACAUUCAACAGGCAUCAUCGCUACCUUUUCUUGAUGAUGAGUACACCAGGGGCCUCCUUUUCUUAGAUAGCGAACUUGGUGUGCACACCUACCCAAGCUCAGCUGCAAAGCUUGUUUAUGAACACCGUGACACACAGUAUCUCUUCACUGCUGAUCCUGUCACUGGAGAUCUUGUUGGGUAUAGUCUGAGGCCAUCAACUCCCACAAGGCUCGCAGUAGAAACUGUAUGGGCAGCGUCUCUUCAAAGUGAAGGACAGAAGAUUACACACAUUGUGAUGCGCAAUCCAUUAGAGCAUGUUCAUUCGCAAGGCCGGGUGAUGGGUGACCGCAGUGUUCUGUAUAAAUAUCUGAACCCGAAUUUGGUUGCGGUUGUGACUGAGGGCACUGACAAUGUCCACAAGGUGACCAGUGUGACUGUGCACCUGAUUGACGUCAUCACUGGAGCGUUCAUUUACUCGGGAAGCCACAAGAGAGCUAGGGGUCCUGUCCACUUAGUGCACACUGAGAACUGGAUUGUCUACUGUUACCACAACGAAAAGUCUCGUCGGGCCGAAAUAUCCGUGAUUGAACUUUACGAAGGUGCAGUGCAGAGCAACACUUCUGCGUUUUCGUCAUUCAACUCACCACCAGGAGCUAUUGUAGAACAUCAGAGUUAUGUUUUUCCGAGCUCAAUAGAUGCCAUGGUUGACACUGUAACAGAAAAGGGAAUCACAAGCAAACAUGUCCUUCUAGCCCUUCCAACGGGAGCUAUUUUGGAACUACCAAAGGCACUUCUGGAUCCACGAAGACCUAUCACACCAACAGCCCAGCACCGGGAAGAAGGACUCAUCCCAUACAUGCCUGAACUACCCAUCAAUGCCGAGCACAUAGUAAAUUACAACCAGUCUGUUGCUAGAGUAGCAGGAUUUGCAACUGCUGCUUCGGGACUAGAAUCUACCUGCCUCGUAGUUGCUUAUGGACUUGACAUUUUCUAUACUAGAGUUGCACCGUCUAAAACAUUUGACAUCCUGAAGGAUGAUUUUGACCAUGUGUUGAUAUCGGUUGUGCUUACAAUACUUAUCCUGGUUUCGUACGUCAGCAAGCGGUUUUCUGCAAGAAAAGCAUUAAGAGCAGCCUGGAAGUAGUAUUUCAUUACUUGGAAGACAACUGCUUGGUAUUGCAGGGAUACUGCAUGAACAAGAUGGACUUGCCUCCAUUUCCGUCACUUUGUGCUGCAAGCCUCAUUCUGCACAGCUGUUUGCACCUGUGUGUUUGUUUCACCAUCAUGGACACUUGUGCAUUGAACAUUUGUGUUGUUACAAGGAUAUGCUGGUUUUUCAGGGGCUUAGGCUGGUGUGAUAGGUGUGUUUCAAAAAAGUAUGCUGGAAUGGAGCCUUGCAGUGAUGUCUUUAUUAGUGUCCCAUUUGAAGAGGCCGGUAGAUGUUCUGAAAAUUAAGGAGAAGCAGAUCAUGAGCAGAAUAUUUCAUUAUGUCUCAUAAUCUAGCUCCCUCAUUGUAAUUAAAUUUGUUGCUGAUGCUAAUAUAUUUUCCUUCUCCUUGCCUUUUCAGUUCUUUUAAUUUUACCGAAGAUGGCAUGUUUCUUUGCCUCUGGUACUAAAAGCACUUGUAAAUACCAACAUAAAUGUACUACCAUUGCUUAGAACCAGGUUGUUAUGCGAUUAAUUUAGCUGAGCAGAGUACAGCUUCUGUGCCUUUAUUUUUGUAAGUGGGGCAUUAGAAUGAGGCAGUUCUGUAUACUGUUGAUUGCACUUCAUUUUCAGCACAUGCAAUCCUACUUUUGCUACAGAUCAAAGAUGUACCAACAGCACUGUUUUUUGCUUGGGCUGUGCCCAGCUUUAUUUGAUAUGAUAUUUUUUUCCAUUCCUCUUAAGCCUUAGCACAUAACCUAUGAGGAACAUAUCAAACAGUGCAAUACACUAGCACAGCAUGUGCAUUUUGUCAUGUUCAUUGACUUUCAAGCAUGUGCUUUCAUGUUAAUACUACUUCAGUUUAAUGUAGGCACAGAGAAACAUGCCUUCACGGGGGAGAAAUUUGUGCUCCUUGUAUGUAAAGAUUUAUGUGCAAUUAUACUUAAUUAUCAGACCUU